GGCCGGAGUUCGGAGACCACGAGAGCGAGCCAUCGAUCGCCACUUCCUUGCUUCCCGAGGCAGGGCUUGUCUCGUCUCGUCUCGCGCGUAUCCGGCCUGUUCUCGUUAGUUUCGGAGAGGCAGGCAUGCAGCGGAGCACCUCGUUCGGGACGUCGUGGGCGGACCAGUGGGACUACGGCGGCGACCCGAGCCCGAGGGCGUCGCGUGAUCACUUGGGGAAGAGCGGCGGCGUGGGGGAGAAGACCAAGGUGGCGGCGGCGAGCGGGCUGAGAAAAGUGAAGGACGGCACGGCGCAGGGGUUCCAGUGGAUCAAGGACAAGUGCCAGAGGAAGAACAGCGGCGGCGGCAAGAAGCAGAAGCAGAAGCAGAGCUCGGAGGUCGCCGGGUGCUGAUGAUCGUGUUAGGCUGGUCUGGUUGUAGGCGUGUGCAUAGGCAGGCUCGGUGAUCUCGCUGUUGUCGCUGUAGUAGCUCAUCGUGCUUUGCUGAAUUUGGCCGUGUUUUUAGCUUUUCAAUGUAUACAAAAGGUUUUGUUUUCUCCGCCAUGCUUGAUUUGGUGGCUACUUCUGCUUUGGCGCUGCCUGUUUUACUGGUUUAUGGGUUUAAUUUGUUGUUUUAUUGUGCUGUCCUGAUUCGAA